UGGCCAAACGCCGGAACCAAUCGAAGAAGGCUGUGGGAAAAUGUGAUAAAACGCCUGUUUACUAAUUCCCCUCCGAAAACAGUUGUAUUUUCCGCUUACAUGUGGUUCCUAAUGUAAAUAAAUUUGACACCUCGUGACUGUGCCCUUCAUAUUUAAGGGACUUUGCGGCUCAAGUGCGCGAGAGCUGAAAAACUGUUGAUUAAACGUAGGCCUAACAUGUUCCUCAGACCCAUCAGCUGCGGACAUCAACCACUUCACAGUUCCGUUUCGUCGUCAUGAUGGGGUUUUCUCGCGUUUACUGACAAAGAAAAAUAACUUGUGACUCAAGAUGGAUGAAGAUGAUAUUGGGUCAGAGGAUCUCCUGCCACCUGGAGUGUCUGAUUCACCCUUAAGGCAGAAUCCACCCUGCCCUCCGCCAGAAGACCCAUUGCCCACUAGAAACAGGAAUCCCUCUCAAGUGUCAGAGGGCGAUAACUUUCCCGAAGAUGAUUCAGAUGUUUGCCCACCUGGCACAAAUCCAGUCCGUAGAAAACCAAACCGUGAGGAAUCCUUGUCAUUAGCAAGCAAUCCAUUUUCAUCUCCCACUGGAAGGCAACAAGUAUCUCUUGUAGACUACGGAGAAGGUGAUGAUCCGUCUGCUGAUGACUCACAGUGGACUGAAGGAGAAUAUGAUGUGCAGGCUCACCCAAUGUACAACACAAGCUCACCUUUCCAUAGUCAACAGAGAGGUUACUACGGUUCUAAUCCAUCCAGUGAGUGGUUGAUGCCACCUGGGGAAGAUUUUUCAAGCCAAAGCAGGGGCCAAGAAAAAAAUCGGAACUUUGGGGGAAGACAAGCAUAUCAGCAUGGAGCCUAUGAUCAGUGGAAUUAUGACUAUGACAUGUACUCUUACCCAUACCCGGGCUAUGAAAAUGGCCCAGACUACCAUCAAGAAACAGUGUAUAGUGACUUCUCUGGGGCUCAGCCAGCAGCUUUACCAGAACGUCCAGUUCCAUUCCGAUCAGAGUCCUAUAAUCGUCAAAUGAUGUCCAAUCCUCCUGCACCUAGCAGUAACCCACCCCCACCGCCUAUUUGCAACCCUCCUCCACCAAGUAGUAAUCCCCCACCCCCAAGCAGUAUUCCACUCCCUGAUGACAUUCCUAUUCCUUCUCUUCCACCUCUCCCACCCUCAGAACCCGAUAAGCUGAAUGAAUCGAAAGAGGAGAGCUCUGCUACCGAAGAACACGAUUCUAGCUUUUAUUCUCCAAGUCAAUCUGCCAUGGAAGAGGAGGCACCUACUCCCCAGCCUACACCAACUAAAUCAAUCUUACCUGUGAUUGGCAAAGAACUUGCUAAGAAACGGCUUCGCGCUUUUCAGCUUUCUAAGCAAGCCAAUGCAACGAAGAGUCGUAUGCCUGAUUCUCUAAAUGAGAAUUCGCAAGAUGAUGACAGCCCAUCUACUCCAUCCUCUUCUACUCCAUCUGAUGAAAUUAAGAAAAAGAAAUUGAAAGUUGGUUCAAGAGAAGAUCAGUUAAGGGCUACAGUUGCCUCCAUCGAAGAGUUAAAAAGACAAGAGCUCAGAGCUCGUUCAUCUCAUCGUGCCUUGCUAACUAUGGAAUUUUCUCCUAUUGCUCCAUUGAUUGAUCGUGUUUCCAACCCUUUGCUUGCAGGUGAGAUAAAGUUCCCCAAACAAUACUCCAGAGUGGAUAACCCUCCUGAUCAGUGCAUGUCCUCAUCCCAAACCCGUAAACUCCCUUUUGCACUGUCUCCCAAAGGUCUUAUUGGUAGUGACGAUGAAAAGAAGGAAAAGGAAAGUAAGGAUGAACGUGCUAGUACCCACAGGGACGAUCGCGAGCGACAGCGUCAUAGGAGGAGAAGUCGCAGUCGAAGCCGCAGCCGAGAAAAACGGCGGAAAGAUAAACACCAUGGUAAAGAACAUGAAAAAGACAGAGCUAAGGACAAAGGUAAGGAGAGAGACACUGAGAAAGAUAGAAGUAAAGUAAAGGAGAAAGAAAAAGAGAAGGAAAAGGACCCAGAGAAAGAUAGAGAGAGAGAUAAAGAACCAGAACGAGAAAAGGAAAAGGAUUCCGAAAAAGAUCAAGAAAAGGGCAAGGACAAAGGAAAAGAUAAGAGUAAACCAGAUGAAGAUAGGGACAAAAAGAAAUCUAAGAAAGAUGAGUCAAUACCACAGUCAUGGGCAGAAUGCUACAGCAUGGGGUACAAAACCUAUGAAGAAAUUAAAUCCCUAAAUGCUAAAGUUGAAGAAAAAAGGCCAAGCAAGAGAAGCAGUGACCGCUCUCAAAGAAAAAGUCGAGACAGAGAUAGCGACAAAAAAGAUGAGGAUUCUGCAAGAAAAAAAGAAACUAAAAAGUUACCCUUUUUUGACUUUCCUAGGCGCAUUCUUACACCUAUGGUAGUUUUAAGUGAAAAGGCAGACAUAGUUUUUCCAGAAUCCAAGCUACGUUACACUAAGACUAAACCUGAAAUUGUUUAUUGUGGAAAUCCAAUUCAUGCUACAGCUAAAUUUGACACCCGUGGCGACAUUGUUGAAAGAGCGCCUGAUGAUAUUCUAGAAGUUUUAAAUUUCUUUUUUGAAGGAAAACGCAGAAUGAGGAAAACAAAGAGCUCAGAGGAUUUGCCCACAAGACCAGGUUUAGCUGCUUUACAAGAAUCCUACGAAGAUCCUGCUACUGAAGAUGAGAAGGAGUGUGCACAGGACUGGUAUCCACAAAAGGACUACCUAAUUCCAAGAAUAAUUGACUCUGAUGAUGACUAUCAGAUCUUGAAAACAGAUCCAAUUAUAUGUGACAAAACUGGCGCUGCAGAGUCUCUUAUUAGUAAUGUAGAUGUCCCAGAAAAUGUAGAAAAUCUGAAAGAAGAGUCUAAAAGUCAGGUGGACAAUGUUGGAGGUCCAGAAUCGGCUACCAUCACAGACCGGUCUACUGUUCCAUCCAAGUGGGACAGUGACUUUGAAGAAGUUGAAGAAGAGUUCCCUCUCUCCAAAACCGAGCUAGCAAAAGAUACUGAAAAUCUUUUGGAGAAUGUUUCUCUAAAGGGCAACACUGUUGGUGAGACAGAAGAGGAUGCAGGUUCUAAAAUCCCAUCUGUCAGCCCUGAAGUUGUUGAUAGUAAAAAAAAGAAGAAAAAGAAAAAGAAGGAGAAAAGAGAACGCACUCCUCUAAGAAGUGGAAAUGAAGAAGUUACUGAGAAAGCUAGUAUUUCAAACCAGGACAAAACCAGUCAAGUGGAUGAUAAUUGUACUCCUUCUGAUGCAAAGCCUAUGAAUGACUGGGAAGAAGACGAGACGAGAACAGAAUCAGAACCUCUUAAGAAACAAGAACACAAAAGUAAAAAAGAAGGAAAAGAAGAGCGUAAGGUUUCCAGUCACAAGGAAUCGAAAACUUCUAAAAGAAGGCACUCUGUUCGUGAGGAUUCUAAACCUUCUGAGAAGACUGGCUGGGAAAAAGAGGACAGUAAGAGUGAAAGCCAUAAGGAAAAAGCUGAUUCAUCUUCUCCCAAGAAAGACAACAAAAAGCAUGAAAGUAGAAGAAAGAAUCAUGAGACUAGAUCCAAAGAAACAAAAUCAAUCAAGGAGAAGUAUACAUCUAAUGAGUCUGAUGUCACUGACAUAACUAGCACACAAAAACGAAACUUGUGGGAUGAUGAUGCAGGUGAGACAGCUUCUAAGAAUAACAAUGGGAAUAGUAGUGGUGUCUCUCCUUCAAAUGGACAAAACGUUUCAGAAAGUCAAGUGGUCAACAUUAUCUGUGAUGAUAUUAGCCCUAAGCAAAGAGAAAAGUCAAGGAGGAGUAGAAGUAGUAUUAGUGCUGAGAAGGAUAUUGAGAAAACAAAGAAAGUGAACAUGUGGGAAGAUGAAAUCACAAAUUCAUCCAGUAUUGCUAUCAAGACAAAUAGUUCAGAGACUUCUGUCAAGCAACACUCACCUGCUGAGGCAAAAGAUGAACAGGUUUCAAAUCCUCUUGCUUCUGAAUAUGAAGAAUUCAUGAAAUUAGUAGAAGUUGGGGAUGAUAAUAAGAAUGGUGUCAACAAAUCAAAUGAAGAUUCCCAGGACAGUAACAAGUUUGUGCCAUCAGAAUCAGAAACCAAAAAGGCGGACUGGGAAGAUUCCCCUCCGAGAAGUGCUCUGGCUGAGUCAAAAGAUGACAAGGCAGAACACCACCGGGAAAAGCAAUGGGAAGAUGAUGUUAAAGAAUCUGAAAAGAGUGAUAAAAGGGGUUCCAGGGAUUCCUCCUUAUCAGAAUUUGAUGCUCAGGAAUUAUUACUUACCAAAGCUGGACUCUCAAAAUCUGACCUAGAACGACUCAUGAGUGAUAAAGGAAAACGAUCUCAAGAUAUAAUCAAUCUAGUUGAUAAUGAAUUGAACCGUUUGAAAGAAAAGAUUAGAAGUAAGACUGCCAAAAAGAAAAAGUCCUCUAAAAAAAAGAAGAGUUUGAAAUCAUCUUCAUCUGAUAGUGAUAGCUCAUCUGACAGUGACGAAGACACCAAAAAGAAAAGAAAGAAAAGGAAAGUUAGUGGUUCUAAGAAAAAGAAACAGAAGCGUUCAAAGUCAUCUAGUUCAUCGUCCAGUUCCUCUGAUAGUGAUACUGAGGAUGAUAGCAAUGACAAAAAGAAAAGUAAGAAGAAGGCAAAGAAAGGUAAAGACAAGUCUAUAACCAAAGUUGAGAAGCAGGCUAAAAAAGAAAAAGAUCUAUCAAAAGACACAGAAGGUAAAGUUAAGAAGGGAAAGAAAGGGACUGAAGAUAGUGGACCUCCACCAAGCGCUAAAAAGGACAAAAUUAAGGAAAAGGACAAAAAGGUCAAGCGGAGAAAGAAAAAGAGCAAAAACAAAGAUUCCAGCACUUCUAGCAGUGAUAGUGAAGAAUCUUCUGCUAGUGAAUCUGAAAAGAAAUCUAAAAGAGCAAAGAAAAAGAAAGAAAGGAGGAAGAAGAAAAGGAAAGACAGCAGUUCAAGUUCAAGUAGCACUAGCAGUACUAGCAGCUCUAGUAGCAGCAGUGACGACUCCAGUAGUAGUGAUAGUGACUCCGAUGACACGUCUUCCUCAGAUGAGCCAAAGAAAAAGUCUAGCAAACAAAAGAAGAAGAAAAAGGCUGCACCUGAUGGCAAAGAUGCAAACAAAUCUAAAACCAAAGGUAAAAAAGGUACUAAGGGUGAGAAGUCAGGGGAAAAUGUGGAGGACCAAGAUGUUCUAAAGAGUUGGGAAGAGGAAAUCAGUUCCAGCACUGGGAAUGUCGAUACAAACUUAGGAGUUGUUAAGCACGUUGAGAGUGAGCCUGCUCUAUCUCUAAAUUCGGAUGUGUCCCUAGAGAGCCAGAAACGCAAACUUGACCAGGUUAUCGAAGAGGACAAAUUUGACAUUGAAAGUGCACACCCAAGCAAAAAGUCCCGUGAGGAAAGCCGAAUGAAAAGCGAAGAUGAAGAACGAUCAAAUAGGAAAGAAAAAGAUAAGGAUGUGAAGGGGAGUUACAGGCAGCGGCUGGACACAGAGAGAGACAUCGAAAAGAAGGACCCCAUUGAAAUGAGAAGACCUCCAUCCCCUCGGCACAGUCCUGCACGGGAUCGCUCCACGAACAAGAUGGCCCCUGCUAAACAGAGCCAGUCGGCGUGGGAUAGCGACGAGGCGCAGGACUUCCCCACUAAUCACCUGAAGCUGCCAACCAGAAAGCCGUCAAAGGAGUUCCGUCGUAAGUGGGACGUCGUCGACGCCCCACCUGCCAAGAACGACGUCGUUGACGAGAUCGCCGUUACGCAGGUGGAGAUGACGCAGGAGAAGGCGAACGUGCCGGACUCCUGGGCGGCCCAGGAUAAGUACAGCUCUGACAGCAUGUCACUCGCGAGCAGCGGCGGCAGUCCGGGAAUGGUCGACCAUGUCCCGGUUCCCGCUUUCGCCAGCUUGCCCGUCCCCGUGCCACCCCCAGACCAGGUCCCCGUCCCUGUGCCACCCCCGUCGGCGCAAUCGCUGAUGUUCUCCGUGCCGCCGCCAGGGCUGCCCCCAGAUCGACCACCAAGACCGCCCUCAAGGCAUCCCCCAAGACCCAUGGACACUGCUGAGGAGCCCCUUCCGCCCGGCGUUGAGGAGGCAGAGUCGCCGUCCAAGAGCAGGGCGCCCAUCACCGUGAAGCUGGCCGGCUCGGCACGUCGCGGCGUGCAGCGCGGCGUGCAACCCCUGGCGCUGUUCGACGAGGAGGUGCCGCAGCGCCCCAAGCCCUUCGCUCUCUCACCACCGCCGGCCCCCGCCGCUGCAGCCACCCUCGCGCCCGUGCCCGAGCCCACGCCUGCGCCCGUCCCUGAGCCCUCCGUCGUUGCUGAGGCCUCCCUGAUGGAAUCACUCCCCAAGCCAGCCGGCCGGUGGAGGUCCUUCGGCAGCGAGGUGCCGGAGACCAAGGACGAUGAUGCUGCUGGUGACAAGGCCAUGAUGACCAUGAUGAGCGCACCUACCACGCCCAAGGGACCAAAGGGUGUCGUGGUUGCAGUGGUUGGCAAGCGCACCCCAGAGGAGUUGCGGUCCAAGCGCAAAUCCCGGUGGGGCGAGAAGCCGCCCGAAGAGCCGGAGCCCCCGACGCAGGUGGAGCUAGUCAAGAGCGAGGACCUGGAGGCAACCCCACCGCUGGCCCUGCAGGCAGCCUUGCAGGCAGCCAUGCAACCAGUCGUGCAGCCAGCAGCCGCGGCGCUAACCGGUCCGGUGGGCAUUGAUGGGUACGCAGCAUUCAACGAGUCCACUUGGCAGGACCCUGCCUUUCAGGACCCUGCAUUUCGGGACCCUGCCUUCCAGGACCCUGCAUUCCAGGAUCCUGCAUUUCGGGACCCUGCAUUCCAGGACCCUGCGUUCCAGGAUCCCGCGUGGCAGGAUCCCAGUAUGGACAUGGGGCUCCUAGGCGGCCCAUUGGACAAGACUGACUUUGACAACUUUGACCUGGCUCCAGCCCGGCCCGAGGACCUCCCGGACGCGGAGCGCCGCCGUGACCGCGAGCGCGACCGAGAUCGCUCCAAGCGGGACCGCGACCGCGACCGGGACCGCGACCGAGGCCGCCGGGACAGGAGGGACGAUGGGCGGAAGCGACGCAGUCGCAGCCGAAGCGCCGAGCGCCGCGGAAGAGACUACGAAAAGGACCGGGAUCGCAACCGAGACCGGGACCGUGACCGUGAGCGGGAUCGGGGCCGCAGUGGUCGCCGUGAUCGGGACCGCGACCGGGACCGGACCCCGGAGCGCGACAGGGACCGUCGCCGCAAGCGCGAGGACGACCGCAAGGGCGGCAGGGACCUCGGCAGGGACGCCGGCAGGGACGCCGGCAGGGACCCCGGCAGGGACAGCCCGGACAAGCGCCGGCGAGACAAGCGUGGGCGGAGCUUAUCGGGCAGCGAGGAGAGGGGCUCUGAGAGGAGCGAGCACAGGGCCGAGCGGGCCGAGCGGGCCGAGGCCAGAGUCCCCGACGUGCACCUGGAGGGUGCCCGGGGCCACCCUGCCCACCCGUCCGCUGCCUACGGCCAGGGCUACGACCAGGCCUACGACCAGGGCUACGACCAGAGCUACGACCAAGGCUACCACCAGACGGGCGUGCCGGGCGUGACGAGUCUGCCCCGGCUGCUCCCGGGCGUGCCCCCGCCGCCCGUCAGCUUAGAGCUCCAGCCCGAUCACGACCAGGGCGCACUGGCCAGCAGCAGCAACUCCCCCGUCAUGGGCUACCGCCGCAGCUUGGCAGACUCCACCACCAUCGACGCCGACCUGGGCAAACGUGACAAGGUCACGCCAGGACCCGUGGCGAGAGGCCAGCGCGGUGGCAGGAGUAGAGAGUUUGACGAGUCCAAGCCGCAAGGGACGAGGUCCCAGUUUGAAGAUGAGGAGGAGGAAGAUGAAGAGGAGAUUUCUUCCCCGUCGCCCAAGAGGAUAUCGUUGGACGAUCGGAUCGAGAUGGAGCUGGGCGUGCGCCGCAGUCCUCCCUCCGCGCCCUCGCUCCCGCCGCCCGCGCAGUACUUGUACUCCGCCUACGCGGGCUACGCAUUCCCCGGCUACCCCGCAGUCGCCGCGCAGCAAGCAGCCUCCACUGCCUCGAGGGUCCUGCAGGUGGGCAACAUGCUGCAGGUCGUCCCCGUGGAGACGCCGGCCGCCGCGGUGCCCGUCCCUGUCGCUGCCGCUCCUGUGGCCAGCCCGCACAUUCCUCACCUUCAAACCAUCCCGCCUGCGGGAAAAAUAUCCAAACAAGCCAAGAUUCAACAAGUGGGUAACAUGAUCCAGGUUGUGCCGUGCUCUCCGCAAGGGGGGGCCACCCCGAGCCCUGGAGGCCCUGGAGCUGGCGCCGGCGUCUCUCCAGGGUCCGCCCCUGGACUGUCUCCCGUCAAGAAGCUUACCGCCUCCCCGUCGCCGGCGCAGUCGUUCGCGACCACCCCCCUGCCUGUGCCGGCGCCCGCCGCCCCCGCACCUGUCCCCGCCCCCGACCCUUCCUUGGCCCCGGACCUGUCCCCUGCCCCGGCACCCGCCCCCGCCCCGGCUCCCGCCGCCGCCCCCAUGGCCACUAGUCUCGCCGCUGCCGCAGCUGCCGUCGCAGCUGCUAUAGCUGCCAACUCGCCUAUUGAAGCUGCCAAAGAGGACGCGCCCACCCCCACCAAGUCCAUCACCGAGCUGCCCUUCCUGCCGCCCGACCUGGUCUCGGCGAUGGAGGAGGAGCGGCUGCGCAAGCGCAAGGCGCGCGAGCUGCGGCGGCAGCAGCGGGAGGAGCGCCGGAAGCAGAAGGAACUGAGGCGGCAACAGAAAAUCAAAAAGGCCACCGAGAUUUACAAGAAAAGCAAGAAAUCGAAGGCUCUUCUUCAAGAAGGUCAAGUGCCACGAUCUGACUUUGAAAUAGAAGAAAUGAGACUGAUUGAGGAGGCCAUGAUGAACUCUGAUUUAGCUGAGGGUAAUGUAGAAGGAAAUGAUGGAGAGGCAGCUUCUGCCAAUGCUGAAGAGCUUGCACGCAAGCGAAGGCUCAAACCAGUGCCGUUGCCACCAGCUGGCAAGGGUAUUUUAAUAUCCCCUGGAUUUAGGGAUAGACCUGUAGGUGAAGAAGAUGGUUCUGGAACAGCUCCAGCUCCCAAAGAGGUCAAAUUUGCUGAUGGAGUCAAACCUGGAGAUGGAACAUCUCCAUCUGCAGAAGAAAUUUCCUCACCACUUCCUGCAGAAAAAGUUCAAAAGAAAAAAGUUGUCAAGAAGAAGAGAAUGAAGAAGAAAAUCAAGGUUCAAGUUGUUCGAACCUUACCUCUGGAAGAACUCGACGACGACGAUGACGAUGACAGCUCUCCGCCGCCGCCCCCUCCUGGCUCACCCCCAAGGACAGCUUACCCUGUCCCCGCUUACCCUCCACCUGCCUCCACCCCUGCUCCCGUCAUCAACUCAGGUUUUACAUUUCCACCCCCGGGUUUUGCAGUUGUUCCCAGUGCACCUGCUGCUAUGUUUCAACAAUUCCCACCUCACCAUCAACUACCCCCACCUGUUGUGCCAGCAGCUAUGAAGAAGUGAGAAUUUUCACUGAAGAAGUUUUCAUCACUGUUUUAUUAGUUUCAAGCAUUAUAUUGUCUUUUUUGCAAAGUGUAAAUGAAUUUUGUUGUAUAGAAUUUUAAGAGGCACGGUUACAGCUUGAAUUUGCUCAUCAGAAUGUUUGACAUGUUUGUUUUCUAAUGUAAAUAAAACACAGCAUUCUCCAAGGAAAAUUUUUUGGAGCAUGUGUCAAGACUGGCACCUGUGUGCGGUUACCUAUAAUUUACCAGAAAAUACUAAAGCCAUCUGGUAGUCAGUCCAUUAAGUAUUUGUUGUAUUUGAAUCAUCUCAUUUUCAGAUUUGUUUUGUUUCCUCAUUUUCUGUUGUUAAUGUUGGCUUGGUUACUGUAUUGUCUUGUUUUACUAAUUAUGAUUUGAGAAUUGAGGAAGUAGGAAAAUGUUCUAUUUUUAAAAAACAGAUUAAAUAAACUUAAGUUUAGGGCAUUGAAAUAA